AGAAGGAGAGAGGUAACGGGAGAGAAAGAGAGGGAGAAACAGCGAGAGAAAGAGAUAAGCAUAGAGAGAAAGAACAGAUAGAGAUACAGAGAGAAAAGGAGAUAGAGAGAGAAAGAGAAAAAAGAGAGAAAGAGAAAGAGAAAGCAGGCUGUCUGCCUUAGGACGACUGCAGCUGCACUAAAUCUCUUGGCCGUCACGGCCAGCACUCACCCGAGGAGAGAGGAAAGAGGAGAUAGAGGAGAGAGGAGAGGGAUUUCACUAAGGAUUUCAUUGGUACGGUAUCUGGGACAAAUAAGCGAUGGGUACCCAACUAGACCGUCUGUCACCAGAUCAAACUUAAAAGGACAACUGGAGGAAAAGAAAAGUUCCUUGAAUCAUCCAUUGGAUUGCUCCUAUCUAUCUUCUCCAGAAAAAGCAUUAGAUUCUACCUUUCUGUUUCCUUGAGUAAAGUGAAGGAGAAGAGAGACAGUGCAGGAUAACUCUGUAACUGUGUGACUGUCUGCUUCCUAAAAGAUGAACCAACGAUACAGUAGGAGGAGGAUUUCUGACUGACUGACUAUUUGCCCUUUGCUCUCCACUGUCCUGUCCUGUCGGAGCACCCACCCUCUGCAUACACUCCCACUGCUCGGCGGGACAACACACUCAUGGUGGAUGCUAAGGGCCGGAACAUGAAAUGUCUGACCUUCCUCUUGAUGCUCCCAGAGUCCGUCAAGAGCAAGUCACCGAGCUCUAAGAGCUCCAAAAAGGCAGUAAACAGCGGCAGCGCUGCCGGGGACAGUACCGGGUCCAAGCUGCCUCUGGUGUGUUAUGAGAUCAGUACCCUAAAGAACAAGAAGAAAAAGAAGAUGGCAGAUAGUUUCCCUAGCACUAAGAAGCAUGGUGAAGGGUCGUCCACCACCACAGUGCAGGAGUACCAACAACAGAACCUGAAUAACAACAAUACCCUUCAGAACUGUAACUGGCAGGGGCUGUACUCUACUAUACGAGAGAGGAACUCUGUGAUGUUCAACAAUGAGUUGAUGGCCGACGUUCACUUCGUGGUGGGACAGACUGGAGGGACUCAGAGACUUCCAGGACACAGGUAUGUUCUCGCUGUGGGCAGUUCGGUGUUCCAUGCCAUGUUUUAUGGAGAGCUUGCGGAAAACAAGGAUGAAAUCCGGAUUCCGGACAUGGAGCCUGCAGCAUUCCUGGCCAUGUUGAAGUACAUCUACUGUGAUGAGAUUGACCUGAGUGCUGACUCAGUGCUGGCCACGCUCUACACUGCUAAGAAGUACAUCGUGCCCCACCUGGCCAGAGCCUGUGUUAACUUCCUAGAGACCAGCCUUUCGGCCAAGAAUGUCUGCGUCCUGCUGUCACAGAGCUGUCUGUUUGAGGAGCCGAAGUUGACGCAGCGCUGCUGGGAGGUGAUUGACGCCCAGGCAGAGCUGGCCCUGCGGUCGGAGGGUUUCACUGACAUCGACUCCCAGACACUAGAGAGUAUCCUCCAGAGAGAGACCCUCAACGCCAAGGAGGAGGUGGUGUUUGAGGCAGCUCUGAGCUGGGCCGAGGCAGAGUGUCAGAGACAGGAACUCACCACCUCCAUCGACAACAAACGCAAGGUGCUAGGCAAGGCCGUAUUCCUCAUUCGCAUCCCCACCAUGACAUUGGACGACUUUGCCAAUGGAGCCGCUCAAUCAGGCAUCCUGACCCUGAACGAAACCAACAGCAUCUUCCUGUGGUACACCGCAGCCAAGAAACCGGACCUCCAGUUCGCCAGCCAACCACGGAAGGGCUUGUCUCCUCAGCAAUGCCACCGUUUCCAGUCCUGUGCCUACCGGAGUAACCAGUGGCGCUACCGGGGACGCUGUGACAGCAUUCAGUUCACCGUGGACAAACGCAUCUUCAUCGCCGGGUUCGGCCUCUACGGCUCCAGCUGCGGAUCGGCGGAAUACUCGGCUAAGAUUGAGCUCAAACGCCAGGGCCUUCUCCUCGGACAGAACCUGAGUAAAUACUUCUCUGAUGGUUCUAGCAACACGUUCCCCGUGUGGUUUGAGUACCCCGUGCAGAUAGAACCGGAUAUGUUCUACACGGCCAGUGUGGUGCUGGAUGGGACCGAGUUGAGUUACUUUGGACAGGAAGGCAUGACGGAGGUGCAGUGUGGGAAGGUGACCUUUCAGUUCCAGUGUUCGUCAGACAGUACUAACGGAACCGGAGUCCAAGGGGGACAGAUACCUGAACUCAUCUUCUACACAUAAAGAAAUCUAAUGCCUAAUGUGUACCUUCUUUCACCAUCCACAUGUCUGGUCCGCGUCCUCUCACCUCCUUGGAAAAGUAUCCCAUGAACAUGUGCGGACGGGAGCGGAACGUUCAAUAUUGCAACAUUUCGUUUGAGUGGCCUUAGCGCACAGUGCGGAAGAGGAAGGUAUGAAUUAUGGACCAUACCAUUAGUUUGGCAGUAAAUUGACCUAGUGGCCUCAUGGGUGGAAUGUAAUUCCUAUUUUUCAUAAUUGCAUUAUUAAUUAACAUUUUUUUUUUUUUACUGAAAAUCCAGUGUUUCUAUGUCAAAUGGUGUUGUGAUAUUUCAGUCUUCUGUGAUGUGUAUAAAUUGUAAUAUUGGGAUGCAAACUCAAAAAGUAAUACAUUUCGACUCGAUAUCUGACAUGAUACAGCCCGUAUCCAUGUGUGUGAGGUAUAUACCUUCGUAGAUGUGUUAACUGUAACCAAUACAUACUCUGUGUAACCCUGUUUUAGCCCACCGCACAAAAACGUUUUAAGGACGUUGGAUGGUCACAAUGUGUCCAUGCUGACUGAGAAUGGAUUUAGUUUCUAGGUAUCACGCCCUGACCUUAGUUCCUUUGUUAUGUCUCUAUUUUGGUUUGGUCAGGGCGUAAUUUGGGUUGGGCAUUCUAUAUAUUUGUUCUAUGUUUUAUAUUUCUGUGUUUGGCUGGGUGUGGUUCUCAAUCAGGGGCAGCUGUCUAUCGUUGUCUCUGAUUGAGAACCAUUCUUAGGUAGCCUUUUCCCACCUGUGUUUUGUGGGUAGUUGUUUUCUGUUUUUGUGUGUCUGCACCAGCCAGAACUGUUUCGGUCCUUCCCUUUGUUAUUUUUGUUAUUUCAGUUUUCAUUAAAUAAAUAUAGACAAGUACCACGCUGCACCUUGGUCCUCUCCUUCCAACAGCCGUUACACUAGGUGGUACUUUAUUUGCAAGUGCUGGAAGUCUUUAUGAUAGUGGACCCAUUACUGUCUUGGACAGAUAUUUUCUUUGUACAUUGUGUCAAUAUAUUUUGGAUUUCUCUCUUUCUAUACGUGCGAAAGAACAGAUAUCUAAUUUGUGAAUUCGAAAACGCGUAAUUCAGGAUUCUGUUUUGGUGCUGUUAGAUGGUCCCCCACUCUGUUAUAAUUUUUUUUUAAAUAGUCUCUAACAAAGGGGGAUGAACUGCAGAGGAUCAGCACCGGAUUCAAUAUCAUGACAUGUUUCUGCUGUGUAUAUAGGCAUAGCCCCCUUUUUUCAAUUUUUGCCUAAAUGACAUAUCCAAAUCGAACUGCCUGUAGCUCAGGCCCUGAAGCAAAUAUAUGCAUAUUCUUGGUACCAUUUGAAAGGAAACACUUUGAAGUUCGUGGAAAUGUGAAUUGAAUAUAGGAGAAUAUAACACAAUAGAUCUGGUAGAAGAAAAUACAAAGAAAAAAAAACAACCACCAUCUUUAAAAUGCAACAGACCAGCCAUCACUCUGGAUGUAAUUCCAAUGGUGUCCACAAGAUGGCAGCGGUGUAUGUGCAAAGUGUCAGAUGGAUAACUUGAAGUAUGAGCGAGCUACAUGGCAUUUAGCGUAAAGUCACCCAGGUACAUUUGGGAAAAUCGUGAAGGAGACAUUUGCAUUCAUAUUACAUUUUUCUGUAAGAAUAUCAUCAAAUCGGUAUACUUGGACUUUGAUUGAGCUUUUCCAGUAUUAGUAGCCAUAUUAUAAGUUCAACACUUGCAAAACAACAAGUUUUCAUAACUUCAUAACUCUGAAUAUUCUUAUAAUUCUGGUCAAAAAUGAAAAGGCAUCCUGUCAUACAAGGUUAGUAGCUAUUGGUGCUUAUUUGACAAAGUUAGAGUCAAUUAAGUUCAGACCGCCUGCGUCAUCGGCGUGCCAUGUAGGCGUCGCUCUCUGACCAAAUAUGGUGUCCUACAGGAUAUACUACACCCCUAAUGAUAUAGUGAAGUCUGGUUACGUUCUAGGAUCUCUGAGGAAUAGAUACGAACGUGAUUUGACUGGUUGAAACAACGUUUAGGGUUAGAUUUUCACAGAUUCCUUUCUUUGCAAAUUGAACGAGUGGAAAUACAAAAUCAAUCGUGCGUGCUAUAUGGACCUCUUGAGGAUAUGAAAAAGGAUUUUAUCUAACAAACCAACACUUCAUGUUAUCUCUGGGACCCUUUGGAUGAUAAAUCAGAGCAAGAUUUCAGAAUGUAAGUACACAUUUCACCUUCAGAGGUGGAACACCUUCAGCGGUGAAAAAAGUUAUCCUCAAACAAUAGCAUGGCAUUUUUUCGCAGUAAUAGCUACUUUAAAUUGGACAGUGCAGUUAUAUUAAACAAGAAUUUCAGGUUUCAGCCGAUAUAAGACACUUCUAUGUACCGACAUUUGUUGUUUGUACGACACAAGGAGCUGCAUGAUUUACAACUGACCCGUUAACGGGACGCCUAUCACUAAGAGGAGGAUCGUUAUUAUGUUUACUUACAUAUGAGGAAGCUUUUUUUAUUUGCGCCUGCAUGUUACAGUGAAGAAAAAGACUGAUGAUGAUGGUGAUGAUGAUGUAGUAGUAAUGAUGAUGAUGAUGGUGAUGAUAAAGAUGUAGUAGUAAUGAUGAUGAUGAUGAUGAUGAUGAUGAUGAUGAUGAUGAUGAUGGUGAUGGUGAUGAUAAAGAUGUAGUAGUAAUGAUGAUGAUGAUGAUGAUGAUGAUGAUGAUGAUGGUAGUAAUGAUGGUGAUGAUGAUGAUAGUAAUGAUGAUGAUGAUGGUAGUAAUG